AUGUGGGUGGGAAACGGCAGCGGUGGACGACAACAGACGCGGGUGCAAGAAGGUUGGACUCUCAUCGACCAGACAUCUCUGCGAGACGAGGUCAUUAUGUCGUCACUUGGCCGGUCCGUUGCUGUCAACUUCAGCGGUCAGCUCGUCGCUCGAGUUAUCUCGUUUGCCAUUAAUAUGUACCUUUUACGGGUUGUUGAUAAUGAUGUUCUUGGUCUAGUGAACGUAAGAUUAAUGCUGUUAUAUCAAACUUUAUUGUUUCUUACUCGUGAACCUAUGCGUAAAGCGAAUAUCUUGCGCACAUCCAUACCUUGCUUUGUCAAUGUUAUUUGGCUCAGUCCUUUGAUUUGUGUAGCCUUGAGCGUUGUCUGUACUUUUUUCUGGUCAGUAUUUUCAUCUGGCCAUGAUUUACCUUGGUUUGUUCUCAUCUCUUUUCCCAUUUCUGCAAUUAUCGAGUCGCUAGCAGAACCAUUUGCUGUCAUCUCACUGAGAUUCUCACUUUCGGGUCAUUUUGCACUUGCUCAGAGUAUGUUGAUAACACUGCAGCGGGUUUUCGUACUACUAUUAAUAAGCGCGACCUCUAUGCAUCACCUCUACAUCUUCGCUUACGCUCAGCUGAUCUCAUCCGUGGUAUAUCUCAUGUUUCACUACAUUGCAUUUUUUCAUUACUCUCGAAGUUCCAAGCCUGAAUUGUCGUCAUUUGCAAACUUUGGAAGCUUCUUUCCUCAACCGAGACACGGCUUCGAUCCUGAAGCACUAUCUGCGCUUGGAACACUAUUUACACAUUCAAUAUUGAAACAGCUGAUGACAGAUGGAAGUGCUUAUGUCAUGACCUUUACGCAGCUGCUAUCAUUGAAAGAUCAAGCUGUAUAUGAUGCUGUGGAGAAGGUCGGAAGCCUUGUGGCUAGAAUUGUGCUAGCACCAUUGGAAGAGAUGUGCUUUGCGUACUUCUCAAACACUAUCAACAAAAAUACGAAGACCUUUGUCAAAAGCAUAGACUCUCAAGAGUCUUUGAUAGACAACUUUUCUACUACGCUACAUGCCGCAUCCGUUAUUGGCAUUGUGGUGACCGUAUUUGGUGUACCGUAUUCACCCUUAGCGGUGUUUUUGUAUGGAGGUCACUUGCUGUACGACAAUGGAGGCGCAGUGCUGCUGUCAUUAUACUGCGUUUAUCUGUCUGUUAUGGCUGUCAAUGGCAUUACAGAAUGCUUUGCUAUGGCUAGUAUGAACAACGCUCAAGUAUUUUCGCAUGGAGGUUUCCUGUUUGUAUCUGCAUUUGCUCAUCUUUUCCUUAGCUUCAUACUCUGUUCAUACCUGAAUGCUUCUGGAUUUAUCAUAGCAAACGCCGUCAACAUGCUUUUCCGAAUAGGAUACAGCUGGAGGCAUAUCAGCUCUUUCCUUGGUGAUCGUACCCCCUCGUUUACUACCAUAAUGCCCACGUUUUCGACAUGUGUCUUCUUGUUCUUCUCACUUAUGGCAACGCUAAUUACACUUUUGGUCUUCGGAUCCACGCCGGGUCUUUCCCAUACGUUGGCACAUGUAGGAGUCGGAGGGGUACUUCUAGUACUAGUGAUUUCCCAUAUUGUUAGCACUGACUAUGUGUUCCAAAUGCUCACUCACAAACUUCAGAAGUAUGCUCCAUGAACAUAUGAUCAUUCAGCAUAUUGUUGUUUCUGAAUCGUUGUUAUAUACACUUGAUGAUCUCCGUUGAAGUCCAGUCACUGUUAAGAUUUAACACGUUCCCAGUAAUAAAUGUUUUGUAAUG